AAUAAUUUCAAUUAGUAUACCUAGCAAACCAUUUCCUUUCUCUCUCUUAUCCCUCUCUGUUUUUAUCAUAUAUUUCAUGUAAUAAAAAGCAUUCCAUAGAUAAAUCAAUAACCACUAAACAAACUAAAGCCAAAAAAAAAAAGAAACAAAGAGUGGGCGAUCGAUAUGCAUUACCACGGGUGCUGUUGCGGACGGUGCAGAGUAUCGACGUCGCCGCUGCCGGUAAUUGUCAUGAUCACGGUGGCGCUCAUCCUCUUGGCGCUUUCCUCCGCCGUGAAAUUUGAGGUAGCCAUCACCACAGGCGAAGAUAUGCUGAGCUGGCUGCUCCUCGCGGCGGUUCCACUGGCUCUGCUAUUCGCCGUGCGGUGUCUCUCUUGCCUUGAAACGUCAAAGCGAUCCAUCUACUACUGUCCCUGUGGCCGCUGGAAAUGCGUUUGCUACUACUAGUUAGUUUUGACCGCGCUAAGGCGGUUUCAAUAAGUUUGCAUCAUCAUAAAAGCAAGAAGAAGAAAGAAGAGCUUCUCUGAUCAUCGAUCAUCAUUUCAUGGCGUAUGGAGAGAGCAGAUCAGGACCGUCCAUGUUGGAAUCAUUCUCGCUAUCGCCUCUGCCGUAUCCGGUGCUUAUCAUCCUGGCCGUGGCUUCGGUGUUCCUAAUGACUUCAUGGUACUGGAGCUUCGAAGAUGCAGCCGAAUCCGCGGGAGAGCAGAUGAAUCUUGCUCUUCUCUUGAUCCCUCUGCUUCUCAUAGUCUUGGUCCGCUGGUUAUCUUCCCUGGAUAACCCUGACGCGUUUCUCGGUAUGUUUUCCAACCGUCGUCAGACUUACCGGAGUCCCGCCGCCGGAGAUGACGGUGGAA